AUGGAGAUGCAGCCACAGCUCGGCGACUAUUCUCCGGACAAGCUCGCCAGCCUCCCUCUGACACCCACAGGGCGCCCGGACUCGCAGGAAGGCCGGUGGCCCGCGCAGGAGAAGGAAAUCGACAACUGGCUUCCCAUCAACGCGAGGAGGAACGCCAAGUGGUGGUACUCCGCCUUCCACAAUGUCACCGCCAUGGUCGGCGCCGGCGUGCUCGGCCUUCCCUACGCCAUGUCCGAGCUCGGCUGGGAGGUUGGCAUCACGGUGCUGCUCCUCUCAUGGAUCAUCACGCUGUACACGCUGUGGCAGAUGGUGGAGAUGCACGAGAUGGUGCCCGGCAAGCGCUUCGACCGGUACCACGAGCUCGGGCAGCACGCGUUCGGCGAGAAGCUAGGCCUGUGGAUCGUCGUGCCGCAGCAGCUGGUGGUGGAGGUGGGGCUCAACAUCGUGUACAUGGUCACCGGCGGCCAGUCCCUGCAGAAGUUCCACGACGUGGUGUGCGACGAUAAGUGCAAGAGCAAGGACAUCAAGCUCACCUACUUCAUCAUGAUCUUCGCCUCCUGCCACUUUGUCCUCUCCCAGCUCCCCAACUUCCAAUCCAUCUCCGGCGUCUCCCUCGCCGCCGCCGUCAUGUCGCUUUGCUACUCGACAAUCGCAUGGAUCGCGUCGGUGCAGAAGGGGAAGUCUGCGGACGUGCACUACGGCCUGCGCGCGACGACGACGCCGGGGAAGGUGUUCGGCUUCUUCGGCGCGCUCGGGGACGUGGCGUUCGCGUACGCCGGGCACAACGUGGUGCUGGAGAUCCAGGCCACCAUCCCGUCGACGCCGGACAAGCCGUCCAAGAAGCCCAUGUGGAAGGGCGUCGUCGUCGCCUACAUCAUCGUCGCCGUGUGCUACUUCCCUGCCGCGCUCGUCGGCUACUGGGCCUUCGGCAACGGCGUCGACGAGAACAUCCUUGUCACCCUCAGGAAACCCAAGUGGCUCAUCGCCCUCGCCAACAUGAUGGUUGUCGUUCAUCUCAUUGGCAGCUACCAGGUAUAUGCGAUGCCGGUGUUUGACAUGAUAGAGACGGUGCUGGUCAGGAAGUUUGGAUUCCGUCCAAGGCUGAUGCUCCGUCUCAUUGCCCGGAGUGUCUAUGUCGGAUUCACAAUGUUCGUAGCCAUCACCUUCCCGUUUUUCAGUGCAUUGCUAAGCUUCUUUGGCGGAUUUGCCUUCGCACCGACGACGUAUUUUCUUCCUUGUAUCAUGUGGCUCACAAUAUACAAACCCAAAACUUUCAGCAUCUCAUGGUUUACCAACUGGAUCUGCAUUGUCCUAGGUGUUUUGCUGAUGGUACUGUCACCGAUCGGUGGACUUCGGCAGAUCAUCUUGAAAGCCAAGACAUACCACUUCUACUAG